GAGGAGACUGAGGAAGGAAGGAAGCAGGACGGAGAGCCAGGAGGAGACCUGGAGGAGGCACAAGGAAUGGAGAGACAUGUGAAGAAACUGCUUGCCUUUUGUUCGUGGACUGGGUGACACAGAUGUGGGCUCUUCUAGGUUGGCAGAACACGAUGGCAUCUGGACCCAAUAUGAUGGCCCCCAUCUGUCUGGUGGAAAACAACAAUGGACAGCUGUCAGUGAACCCGAAAGCGACACAGAUUCUUGAGAAGAUUUCUCAGCCUGUCAUGGUGGUGGCCAUUGUAGGGCUGUAUCGUACAGGCAAAUCCUACUUGAUGAACCGACUUGCAGGACAGAACCAUGGCUUCCCUCUGGGCUCCACCGUGCAGUCCAAAACCAAAGGCAUCUGGAUGUGGUGUGUGCCCCAUCCCACCAAGCCAGACCACACCCUGGUCCUUCUGGAUACUGAGGGCCUUGGGGAUGUGGAAAAGGGUGACUCUAAGAAUGACGCGUGGAUCUUCACGCUGGCCGUGCUUCUGUGCAGCAGCUUUGUCUACAACAGCAUAGGCACCAUCAACCACCAGGCCCUGGAGCAGCUGCACUAUGUGACAGAGCUUACAGUACUCAUCAGGUCAAAGUCCACUCCAAGUUCUGAGGAAGGAGAUGAUUCCACAGAGUUUGUGAGCUUCUUUCCAGACUUUAUCUGGACUGUUCGGGAUUUCACCCUGGAACUGAAAAUAGAUGAUCAGAAUAUCACAGCAGAUGAGUACCUGGAGAACGCCUUGAAGCUGAUUCCAGGCCUGAAACCCGGUAUCCAAAAGUCCAACCUAUCCAGAGAGUGCAUCAGGCAUUUCUUUCCAAAACGGAAGUGUUUUGUCUUUGAUCGACCAACACAAGACAAAGAACUCCUAGCCAAUAUAGAGAAAGUGUCUGAAGACCAGCUGGAUCUUAUGUUCCAGGAACAAACAAGAAAAUUCUGUUCUUACAUCAUCUCCAACACCAGACCCAAGAGCCUUAGAGAGGGAAUCCCAGUCACUGGGAAACGUUUGAACAGUCUGGUGGUGACCUACGUGGAUACCAUCAACAGUGGAGCAAUUCCUUGUUUGGAGAAUGCGGUGACGACUCUGGCCCAGCUUGAGAACUCAGCAGCCCUGCAGAAGGCAGCCGACCACUACAGCCAGCAGAUGGCCCAGCGAGUGCUCUUCCCCACGGACUCGCUCCAGGAGUUACUGGAUGUGCACGCAGCCUGUGAGAGAGAGGCCAUUGCAAUAUUCAUGGAGCAUUCCUUCAAGGAUGAGAAUCAGGAGUUCCAGAAGAAGCUUUGGGAAACCAUAGAGAAUAAAAAGGAGGAGUUGUUGCAGAAGAAUGAAGAGGCAUCUGAGAAAUAUUGCCAGGUUCAACUUAAUCAGCUCACAAAGAAGCUAACAGAAAAUAUUUCAGCAGGAACGUUCUCUGUUCCUGGAGGGCACAAGCUCUACACAGAAACAAAGAAAAUGAUGGAAAAGGACUAUUGGCAAGUGCCAAGAAAAGGAGUGAAGGCGAUGAAGGUUUUCCAGAGCUUCCUGCAGUCACAAGCAACAGUAGAGAAAUCCAUCCUGCAGGCUGACAGAGCCCUCAGUGAUCAGGAGAAGGCCAUCGCAGAGGAGAGGGCCGGGAAGGAGGCGGCGGAGAAGGAACAGAAACUGUGCAAUCAGAGGCUGGAGGAGCAGAAGCAGCAGAUGGAGGCACAAAACAGGAGUCUCCAGGAGAAUGUAGCCCAACUGGAAGAGAAACUGAAGUUGGAAAGAGCAAACCUUGUGAAAGAGCAGAAUAUGAUGCUGGAGCAUAAGCUAAAAAUCCAAGAAGAGCUUUAUAAAGAAGGACAGAAAAACAAAUCUGCACAGAUGAAUGCAGAGAUAAAUCAGUUAAAGGAGAAGAUUGAUAUGAAUAGAAAUGAUGAAACUUCAUGGAUGUCAAAAGUCUUGGAACUAUUUACCAGGGAGAUCGUUUCAGUAGUUUCUAAAAAAUGUGCAGAUUUUUUGGUGACAGGAGUGAAAAAUCUAUUAAAAAAGAUGUAGCUCUCCUGUAAAAGAAUUACAGAACAUUGAUAAAUGUGGCCUAUUAUUGGGGUAUAAGUUUUACUCUCAAUUUGCAGUGUUUUCUAAAAAGUGGCCUUUGUGGAUAUUAAUGCUUUACCUAUUUUGGAUAGAAUAAAUGCAUGGACACUUUGAUAUAACAUUUAGUUUUAGGACAUAUACAUGUUGAAAACCAUACAUACAAAAUGAGAAAUAACUAUGACAAAAGACUGGAAAGCAUUUAAAGUUUCAGCUCUAGGGGCCUCCCUGGCCUAGGGGUUAAGUUACAGCGCUAUCACGGGUACAGCCUGAGUUUGAUCCCUGGCCAGGGAGCUGUGCACAGCAGACCUCUCCUAUCUCCCUUCAGCAAUGUAUUUCAGGUAAUCUGCCUGUUCUGCUCUGUCCCUGGUGAAUCCUCUUAACCCCAGCCUAUACCACAGUUCUACAUAAUAAAAAAAUAUUAAAAAAAGAUUCAUCUCCAAAACUAUACAGAUUGGUAAUAUAAAUUUAGAAUAUAUUUGUGCGCUAUGCACCCAAUAAACAAAAUGACAGUGACAUUCUAUUUGUAUGAAGAUGGAACAUUCUUUACCAUAUUGUAAAAUAAUAAAGAAAAGGCUUGGGAGCCUCCCUGGUGGCACAAGGGAUUAGGUCUCAGCAUUAUGAAGGUAUCUGCAGCAACUGCAGCUGCUGAGUUUGAUUCCCGACCAGGAGGCCAUGGUGCAGCAGACCUCUCCUGUCUCGCCUGCUACUUCCCUCAGCAGUGUAUUUCAGUAGCUCUGCCUGUUCUGCUCCUCACUCUGUCAAUGGUGCAUCUUCUCACCACCCCAUCUCUGGCCUACAUCCCAGCUCUUAUAUGCAUAAAUAAAUCAAUCUUAAAGACUUGGAAAACUAUGUUUGUAAUGUAGUCACUGUAAAAAUAUAUUAUGUGCUAUCAUUCAUAUGAACACCAUGACUAUCUCUGAAAAUCUUCAUUAGAAACUAAUAUCACUGACCUCCCUGGUGGCGCAAGGGAUUAAACACCACACUAUGAAGCAAUCCACAGCCUCUGCAGCAUGAGUUUGAUCCCUGGCUGGCCAGGGAGCAACCCACAUGGUGCAGCAGACCUUUCCUGUUUCGCCACUGCUCCUCUCAGCAGUGUAUUUCAGUAGAUCUGCCUGUUCUGCUUCCCACGCUGUCACUGGUGAAUCCUCUCACCCCCCACAUCUCUAGCCUAUGCUCCUACUCUUGUAUGCAUAAAUAAAUAAAUCUUAAAAACAAAAGAAACUAAUGUCACUAGUUUCUGGGGAGAACUGAGCAGCAUCAGUAUUGGAAGGGACACAUGCUUUUCAUUAUAUAAUCUAUGUUUUGAAUUUUAUAAAGAAAGCUUGUAUUACCAACAAAUAAAUAUCAAAGAAAGUAUGGACUAUAAAACUAAUAAACAUCAUAA